UAGUCUAGAGGCUAAAAACGCAAGCUACAUAGUCGAACCUCGCUAAUAGUCGACGAGGCGACAAAUCAGGUUCUCAUCAGAAUUGGCAGCAGUAUUUUAUUUGUGGGCUCGAAAAUUAUCAUGAGCACUGCAGUUGUGAUUAUGAAGGCCCAUGAACCUUUGUCAACAGGCCCAUUUAAUAUAACACAUGCCAAAUACCCAACAACCCACCCAAAUUGGUUCUCAUUUGUCUGUCACACCGUCCGGUAAUUCCUUCCUCCAAAACAGCACCGUUUCAUCAUUUUCUGUCUAAUCAGCCGUCUGCUGCCUGCCUGCAACCUUUCCCUAUACUCUCCGACCGACGCCGAACAGUUAAACAUCACCCCCUCAGUCAACUCCUCUGGAGCUGCAGCAGCUCAGCUCUAACUCGCCUCCGUUCAGCAAUUCCCGGUCCCCGAUCAGCCAACAACGGCGAGUCCUCCGACGCCAACAAGUAAGGCUCUUCUUCUACUUGGCUUUCCUGUUUCUUUGCCUCCUAAUUACGGCGCGAAUUCAUCUCUUCGCGGGGAAACAGCACACUUCUCCGAGCUCCCGGUCUCGUUCGCUUGCGAGAAAGGGGAGUCUCCGGGCUGUGAUCCGAUUCGAGUGUGGCAUUUGUUGUACAUUUCUUUCUUUUGUUCUCCGUUGAUUGGAAAUGGCGGCUCGAUUUUCUCCUGAAUCGGAGGGAGAAUUUGGGCUUUGCUGGCUUGCUUGCUUACUUUCCUAGAUUCUUUUGCUUUUCUUCCCGCUUUCGAUGAAAAGAUUUCCUAAUACGGUCGUUUGAAUCGCUUCACUUCCACUUUGUUUGUAGCUGAGCUUUGUGAUGGUGGUUGUGGCUUCUAGAGCCCCCGUGCUUGAAAUUUAGCUUGUGGAUACAAAUGAAAUUGAGAACUAGAAAUGCCGACGCUGUUUCAAAGCUAUGCUGGUUUCAUUGGGUAUAGAAUUAGGUAUAGAGUUCUUGUUAUAAUUUUUCUCCAUGCGUUCUCCAAGGGUAUUGGAGUUCAUCUUCUAUCAAUUGUGAUGGUUUCUCUGUCACUAUCCCUUCUUUUUGUGCACUUGCUAUUGUGAUUUUAUUGAACCGCAUAAAACGAGCUGGCGAUGCUUGUAGUUGUCCUUCCAAACAUUUCCUGCUCUUCAGCAGUCCAGUCGAUAUCUGAGCCUUAAAUCGAAGUAGAAAAGGAUCAGAAAUCUGGUUGGAAAACCAACUUUGAAAUGGUUUUUAUUUAAGUUGGAUGCUUUGAGUUGAGCUUUGGUGCUUGACUAGAAUAUUAUCCUCUUACUUGCAGGUUUAUCGUGAACUGUUUAAACCAACGAAAGCCCAAAGAGCGGUGUGAACUCUCUGGUCAAUUUUUCUAAUUGAACCCUGAAUUCUAUUGUUUGAUCCACUAUGCCGUCUUCAUCCACUGCCACAGUUUGCUCGACUAUGUUGUCUUCAUCCGUGGUGGUUGUCCCCCAUCGUUCCUCCAACAUUAUGCCUUUUUCUCCUCUGAAGUCUCAAAAGAGGAUGCCACUGAUAAGGGCUAUGAGUUCAGACACAGGACACGACCAGCCUCUUACAUCUUCCAGUACUAAGAGCCCACUUUCAGUUGUUUUGGAGGUUCCCCAAACUCUAUGGAGGCAGACACUUAAACCUUUGAGUGAUUUCGGGUUUGGAAGGAAGAGCAUUUGGGAAGGUGGGGUGGGAUUAUUUCUUGUAUCAGGUGCAGUGCUUCUCGCACUCAGUUUGGCUUGGUUGAGAGGGUUUCAGCUUCGGUCAAAAUUCAGGAAGUACCAGGCUGUAUUAGAGUUUUCUCAGGCUUGUGGUAUUUGCACUGGGACACCAGUUAGGAUUAGAGGGGUGACUGUUGGCAAUGUCGUUAAAGUCAACCCUUCCUUGAGGAGUAUCGAAGCAGUAGUGGAGGUUGAAGAUGAUAAAAUAAUCAUACCGAGGAAUUCUCUGGUUGAGGUUAAUCAGUCUGGUCUCCUAAUGGAAACCAUGAUCGAUAUUACCCCUCGUGACCCUAUUCCAACACCCUUAAAAGGACCUCUUGAUUCAGACUGUGCCAAAGAAGGCCUUAUAGUUUGUGAUAGGCAGAGGUUAAAGGGACAUCAAGGAGUAAGUUUGGAUGCUCUGGUCGGCAUAUUCACUCGUCUUGGACGUGAGAUGGAGGAAAUCGGUGUUGCCAAUACUUUUUCACUGGCUGAGCGUGUGGCUGCUGUUAUUGAAGAGGCACAACCGCUGCUUGGAAAGAUCCAAGCCAUGGCAGAAGAUGUCAAGCCUCUGUUGGCUGAGGUCCGUGAAACCGGCCUGGUGAAGGAAGUUGAGGUUUUAACUAGAAGCCUUACUCAAGCUUCUGACGAUUUAAGAAAGGCGCAUACAUCAGUUUUGACGCCUGAGAACACCGAGUUAAUUCAAAGAUCAAUUUAUAGCCUCAUUUUCACUUUGAAGAAUGUGGAGAAUAUAAGCUCAGACAUUCUGGGAUUCACUGGCGACGAGGCUACCAGGCGAAAUUUGAAAGCACUUAUCAAGUCCCUCAGCAGGUUGCUGUGAAGUCAUAAAGUGCAAGUGUAAGAACUGCAGCUCCGUAGACGAGGCGAAAAUGAGAGGAAUGCAAUCUGAUUCUGGUCCCUGUAGGUUCUCUUUCUUUUGGUUUUUCUUGUUUGCGAUGCUAGCUAGUGCUGAAGAGCUGUAACUACUUAUUAGUUCAUUUUUACUGGCAGUCCGGUCAUUGAUGUUUUCCUUAUUGACUCGCCUUGUUUCCCUUUGUUGCCAAGUCAUGGAUAUUUCCCCCCAAGUCGGAACAAAUGGGCGUUCUCAUCCCUACAUUAACAUCAGUACUAGUACGACGCCGUGUCGCCAACCCUAUGAUUUAGUGAUCAUUUUAUCAAUACAAAUGUCUCUUUCAAUAAUUAGUGCAUUAAUUUAGGUUUAUUCAGUUUCUUUUUCAUUGCCAUGGACUUGUUCAAUGAAUAUCAAGUUGGAAUAAGUCUGCUAGCAUGGUACAAACUUUUCAUAGUUACGUUCUUAAGUUUUCAAGUCUAGACUUCUAAUUAAAUCGAAAGAAUUGUUCAUUCAAACUAAAGAUCAGAAGUAUGAUAUUAGUCUCAACAUGAAACAUGAUUACUUGGGCUCAUCCUAGCCUUAGUGUUUAAUUAACUAUUCAAAUACUUCUCUCUCCAUUUCCUUCAUGUAAAUGUAAGAUAUGGAUCAACCCAAAAGGGAAACAUGGGAUGAAGUAGUAGUUGGUAUUUUGUGUUUGCCACCAAUUGAUGUCUCUUCUUGGUCCCUUUGUUCUUCUAGGUAUAUCCUUCUCAAUUUCUCUUUAUGUCAAUUUAUUGACUUGCUUUGCUUCCCUAUUUUCAUUUGCUUCUCUUUGUCCGUUUCCAAUUAUAUAUGAUCUUUUUUCAUACUAGAUUGCAUUCUUGUCGAUUCAUUGCAAGAAAAAAGAUUUUGCUUGUUGAUCAUAAUCUUCAAAAUUAAAAGUAUCAAGUUGAUCAUAGCACACCGCACUGAUAUGAGACACUAUGUGAUCACAAAUUCACAAUCUAAGUGCAUAACCCCGUCAUAAAUUAACGGAGUAGGGAAAGCAACUUUGAUUCUCCCAAUAGGUAGAUGAUAUGGAAAAUAUUAUGUAAUUGCUCGUAAAAUGGGGCAGAUACAUCGGUAGUGUUAGUGUUCCCAACAUUUUUUGUUUUAACACGAGUCAAUUUUUUGUUGAACGAUAUGAUAUACCUCAUGUAAAUACUAGUGAAUUUCCGAAUUGGGUUUUUUUGUGUGGGUACACAUGUUUUUUCGCUGUUAAACACCCCUUAAUCAAUAACUACUAGAAUUAUGUCUGCUACCAUGGGUAUAUACCAUGGUUAAUAACAUAAUUUCCUCUCUGCUAUGAAAUUUAUCUCAAACGUGGUCUCUAUUAUAUGUUUUACGUCAAAAAUUACUUUUUAUUGUCACAUUUUUUUCAAAUUUACCCUUCUAUUAGUUUUUUCAUUGAGAGCUAGUUUGGUCUUUCAACUCUUCUGGUCUCUAUAAAUUAAAUAUGAAAAAUGGACUAAUCAUAUAUAGUUACAAAGCUAAAUUUUGUCCCUAAUAGAGUUGUGUUGGGAAUUCUUAAGUCACAACUUGCAAUGUCGUCCUCCCACAAUAAGUUGCUUAGGAAAUUCAUUAACAAAACCGACUGUUUUUGUUCAUAUAUGGCCGUCCUGGAUUCAUAAUUUUUUUUAUUCCCUUUCCUAACAAGGUAGUAAUCAUUUGAAGUUUAUUUAUUAAUUUAAUUUAUUUACAAUAGUAGAAGGAUCAUGAUAUAUAAGAAUCUUAUUGGAAAAAUAUAUAAUGAAUUAAACUAAUUUUU